UGCUCGGCCGGCCAGCGUGAGAGAAAGCGGGGCAAACAAUCGUGUUAAAAAUAGAACUUGAUUGUACAGUAGCCGUUUUGUGUGUCGCCAUUGGCAAGCCCGGCAGAUGGGUGGAGUGGGCGGAAGCUUCGUGCGGGUAACGAUGAUUGACAGCAAGGUUGGUCCAAUCGGAGGGCGCACCAGCAAAGCCUAUAAUGCCUAAGCGGGGGGAGAGACUGUGCCCCGGAGUGAGCCUCCUCGGACUGCCUGGGAGAGAAGCACCUGUAGCACGCACUCGGAGACGCGUCUGCCCAGCGUUACACACCCGCAGAAACUCGUGACCAUCGGAAGCAUGCUGUUGCACCAGCCGCAUGUCUUGAGCUCAAUCCUUGUCGCGGUCACCGUCGUGGUGACGGCAGUCGACUCGGACAACGUCACCGCCACAGCCCCGGGAAUGUCCGGCAACGGCGAAAACACGACGAGAACAGAAACGCUCAGUCCGCCGAGCAACCGCGCGACGUCUACGCAAUUCGCGACUAAUCCGUACACGACAACCGUCAGAGAUGAAACACCCGCCACCGGCAACACCGUCCCGACGGCGACAGGCCAAAUGGACGACACGUCGACGGCACAUUGGCCCGACCGUGAUCCCACCACCGCCGCCACGGUCACGCAAGUCACGCUCCCAACCGUGAGCAACAAUGACACAACCUGGAUCACAACGCCCGGCCAGGACAGUGCGACCUCGGUGACGACAGUUGCUCCAACCAACAAUGACACGAUUUCAACAAUAACCGGUCAAACCGACAACCACGGAACAUCAGCGACAGCGACCAGUCCAACCACCAGCAACAUGUUGACGACAACCGGGCCAGGAAACGACGUUACGGGCACAACGGGCAGAUUCAUGACAACGACUGGUCCACACGACAAGACAACCAUGACGAUAACACCGAGUCUGACCAAUCACGGCACAACUUUGUCGGCGACGACCGGUUGGAUGGACGGCGACGCAACAUCCGUCACAACAGUCAGCUUCACCAACGACGCCACAACGCUACGGACAACAAGCGGUCCGCCGAACACCACGACGUCAAUGACGACAAGCGGCGCGAGCGCCGACGCAACGUUAUCGACAACAAGCGGUCCGCCGAACACCGCCACGUCAAUGACGACGAGCGGCGCGAGCGCCGACGCAACGUUAUCGACAACAACCGCUCGAGCCCACGAUGACACGACAUUACAGACGACAACGGGUCUGACCAACAACGUCACCUCAACGACAACUCGUCCGACCGGCCGCGACACCACUUCCGUGACAACAGUCAGCCCGACGGACAACGGCGCAUCGCCGAUGACAACCGUUCCGGCCGACGCGACCUCCAUGACGACAACCGGCCCAACCGACACAUUACACACAACGACCGGUCCGACCGACGGCAGCACAACCUCGGUGUCGACGCCUGCUCCGACCGACGGUGACGCAACCACCAUAACAACUAACGGCACCACCCCGAUAACGCCGAUGAGUCCGACAGACGCAACGUUAACGACCGGAAGAACCGCCAGCUCGACAACCAUCAGCCCGACCAUCAGUACAACUGUGAUGGCAACCGCUACGUGGUCCGACAACACCACGCCCACCGAGGGCCCGACGACCUGGACGACAAUCACCAAUCAGUCCGACGAUGACACAACUACGGCCAGCCCGAGCAGCCCGACGGAAAUGUCGCCCGUCAGCACCACAAAUAGUCCCACCACCUCAGCGGCAACCUCAGGAGCAACCGUUCAACCAACAAGCGGCCUCGCCCCGACUUCGACCAACAAACCCACUCCGACCCCGCCUGGCCCAACCAAGGUUCCAAUUAUAGUUUGCCCCGCGGAACAGUGUCCCCUUGAAAGCGUCUGCCUGAACGGAACCUGCCAGUGUCUCUCCGGGAGUUUCUUGGUGGGCGACCGUUGUCUCCGUGCGCAAGUGUUUCCUGGGCAGCUCCACCUACUCUCCUUGACAUUUACCAAAGAAAUGCUGAACAGGUCCUCCAAAGCAUUCCAGGACACAGCAGCGGACAUCUCUGCUUCGCUUGCCGAUGCCUUUGCGGGUCAACCGGGCUACAUCCGCUCCGACGUGGUGCAGCUGGCCCCGGGAAGCGUCAUCGCGACCGUCAACAACAUUUUUGACAACACGCCGGCCUCUCAGGAGGCAGUCGAGCAGGUCAUCAAGGAUGCCAUCGGAAGCAGCUCCCAAGGCUUGUUGGUCAACGCGACAUUCGGCGGCACGAAGCUGUGCGAUCAGCCUCCGUUUCCCUGUGAUGCGACCACCACGAGGUGCAUCAGCGCAAAUGGUCGCGUGGCUUGUUCCUGCAAAGCUGGCUACGUCGCCACCGUGUACUCCAACACCAGCUGCAAGGCUUGUCCCAGUGGGCAGGGAGUGGUGGGCAACAGCUGCCAGAAAUGUGCCUUUGGAUACGCAGGCUUCAACUGCAAUGACUCCUCUUUGUUGGCGGUGGUCAUCGUCUCCUGCGUUCUCGGCGGAAUUCUACUUAUCUUACUCUUGGCUUUGCUCUCUUACUGCUGUUGGUGGAAGUGCUCUGCAGACCAGGCGGAGUACAGUGACCCCAGCCCGUACUCGGUGGGCGAGUUGACCAAGCCGUGGCCUGUCGACAUCACGCCCAUUCCGCGCGCUACCACCGCUGCCACCUGGGAUGCUGCGUCUGCCAUGGAGAUGACGGACAAACGGCAUCACGGCAAUGGCGUGGGCUUUCUUCCGAAGCAGAAAUGUUGGAAAAAGUCAGGAUCGUACGAUCUCAGCCCGGACAGAAUGAAGACCUUCACAAGUAAAAAUCCGUCACGUUACACGUACCUGGUCCAAGGCCGCGAGAACCCCUACUUCCUGCCAGGCGACGACAAGAAAAAUUGACACAGCUUCUCCCAACACCUUUCGAUGGACGCUUAAAACUUUUUAUUUUUAUUUUUAAAUCAAAGAGGGUGACGAUGCACGGUUGUGCAGAGUCGAGCGAUGCUAACAGUGGCCAGUAGGUGUCACUGCUGAUUUUUGUUUUCCUUGUCGCCUUUGUGAAAUUGGAAUUGUGCGACAUGCCCUGUUCAAGCAAUGGUUUAUUGAAUGUGGCUUAUUAUGAUUACAAUAAGAAUCCAUAAUGACAAAAUAAGGGCUGGUCCCCCAUUCUAAAUGCUGGUGAAGGGAUUUUAAUUUUUUUUAAAAUUGUAUUCAUCACUCUAAACCAUAUUGGAAUGUUGAUAGGAAUUAUGUUGGGGUUUUUUUUGUGGUGCGUGUGCCAACUAUCACUUUUGUCAUCAUACUGCUGUUCUUUUCUUUGUGUUUUAUAAGUGUGUACAGUUUUUUUGUAAAUAAUUGCACAUCAGCUGAAUAAAUAAUUUAAAUUCAAACAGUAGUCAUCUCUUAAUUCAAAAAAAGCGGAUACGUGUAAUAGUUUUUUUUUAA